AUGAGCAAAACAGGCGCCAUCGCUACUGCGGUGGUGUUCUCCUUAUCCGCAGUGAUCGGAUUAAUACUGUUGUCGCUACUGUGUAAACACCGCAAGGAUUUAUUGAAGCGUCGCGAACGUCGGGCACAGCUGCGCCAGUGCCCACGGGCCGAGCCGUUUGAGCCGCCAGUGCCGUUUCCGGAAGUGGUAGAAGCCUCUGUAGUAUUCUCCGGCCAGCAGGAGGCGCGGCGCGGCGCCGAGGAAGACGGUUUGUUCCUCACUCGUGUGCAGAGCGAGAUGCAAAGCCCAGUUAACAAUACGAUGCCGGACCAUUUAGGUAUCGGCGAAGCUGCAGAAGACGGGAAUCAUCUUCCGGACGGUCAGUCGCUCGAGUUGUUGCACGGCUUGCCUAUUGAUCGCCGCAAUCCCCAAAUGCCUGAUGUAGGUGUUGAGGAAUGUGGUGUACGCCGUCCCACAGGUGUAAUGUACCGCCUGCGGAGUGCCGACGCCGUCUACGGCUCUGCGGAGUAUACGUCUCAUAGAUCCUGUGGCACGGCGCACGCGGACGCGGAGCGGGCGCUGCGUGCAGACCCGGAGGCGAUAUCCCCGCGCGUCCGCGCUGACGCAAUGACGUGCGAGGUGCCGAUGUCUUGUGCCUGA